UCCAUGGCACGCUCGCUACCUCUAACGUUAGCUGGAAACUAAACAACAGAACGCUCCGGAUAGUUAGCAAACAACCGUCUUCUACCGUUACCGGCUAUUUCAUUUAGCGGAUACUGACUUUAUACUUUACAUGGACCCAUGAAACUGUUGUCCUAGGGCUGUGUCGUAGUUUACCACUGGCUUUAUUAAUUAAUGCUGGUGUUAAGUUGACAACAUUAGCUAGUCUUUUGCUGUGGCCAAAUUAGUUAGCUAGCUGACUAGCGCAUAUGCUAACGUUAGCGUGACUAACGUAACGUUCGCAGGAGAACAUUCUGACUUGUAGGAAGGAAGGGAGGAAAUUGAUAAGUAGGUCCACUGCGCUCCGCUGCUUAUGCAAAGCUAACAUAUUUGUUGGUCUCCCGAGCUUACGCACUGUGACGCAUUUAGGAAAGUUGACUAUCUGUGCACCCUGUGUGACAUUUAACACUAUUUGGUCAAUAAGAUAGCUGUUAGUUGGCAUAGCUAACUGUCAACAACAGUCCUCCUGGCUAACUGUAUAGCGGACGAGAGCUAGCACGCUAGCCACAAACUUUUGAGGAAAUUGUGCAAGUCAGAUUCACUCUCUCUCGGACUGAUUUAGGUUAACUAGCAAACCGGUGUUUCAACUUUUCAUUUUCGGACUCUUUCACUCUGAUCCGCUCUAGCGGUUCUAGUGAACAGGACAAACUGAGCAGCGGUGCUGAAGGGUGUAGGUGAUAUGAAUUUGAACAAAAGCAGCCCAGAUUUUGUCACACCCAGGAAGACUCAUGAGGAGCUGGGAAACGGACAGACGUCUAGUCCCUCAUCUUCUGGAGUGUCUGGAGAAUGUGAUGAGGAGGAAUUAGACGAAUUAGAAAAUAGCACAGCUUCUACAGUCGAAAAUGGCGAAGAGGUACUUCAAGAGAGUCUUACCAAAACAAGAGGUACGCCACAGGAAAGGACAACUCCAGACAAUGAGCAGGAACAGCCGGGAGCAAGAAGCUCUACCCCAGUGAGCCUUCCCCAGCCACGCUCGCCACCUGGACCCAUUGGAAGCCUGGAGCGCCAAGAGUCAGUCGCCACAACAGAAGCUCGUCUAAGAAUGGAAGGAGUUGAACUUAAGGAAGAGUGGCAGGAUGAGGACUUUCCAAGGCCCCUACCUGAGGAAGAGGAGCUUGAAGAUGAGAUUUUCGCAGGAACCUCUGAAGAGAUAGACCCUGGCUAUGCAAUGGACCGUGGCAAGAAGGCAAAGAAGAAGCUUGCCGCUCCGGACAUCAGUCUUACACUCGACCGCAGUGAAGGUUCCCUUCUCUCUGAUGAGUUCGAUGAAAGUACAGAGCUGGACCUCGAUGACAUAGACACACCUUCAGACAACAGCAAUGAGUUUGAAUGGGAAGACGAUCUCCCCAAGCCCAAAACCACAGAAGUCCUACAGAAGGGCGUGGAGUCAGUCGAGGAGUUAUCCGCCUCGGAGGAGAGGGAGGAGGGUCGACGCUGGAGGGUGUUUCUUAUCGGAGACCAGGAACACAGAGUGGACAUGAAGGCCAUCGAACCUUACAAGAGGGUAAUCAGCCAUGGAGGUUACUAUGGAGACGGUUUGAAUGCCAUAAUUGUGUUCGCUGUGUGCUUUAUGCCUGAAAGCAGUCAACCAAACUACAGAUACAUCAUGGACAAUUUAUUCAAGUACGUCAUCGGCACGCUGGAGCUUUUGGUCGCCGAGAACUAUAUGAUCGUGUAUUUGAAUGGGGCGACCUCUCGGAAAAAGAUGCCAACUGUCGGCUGGCUCCGAAAGUGUUAUCAGCAGAUUGAUAGGAGGUUAAGGAAGAACUUGAAGUCUUUGAUAAUUGUUCAUCCCUCUUGGUUUAUUCGCACGCUGCUGGCACUCACAAAACCUUUCAUAAGCUCCAAAUUUACACAGAAAAUCAAGUACGUGUUCAGCUUGACGGACCUCGCAGAACUUGUUCCAAUGGAGUAUGUGUCCAUACCAGAAUGUAUCAAACAGUUUGACGACGAAAAAAAUAGGAAAAGCCGUAAAAGGUAUAUGCACUUUCACCCAGGGUUCAGGAUUUGAUGUGGUUGAUGUUGGAAUCGACCAGGACAUGCACGGCAAAGUGGAGAUCGCAGCUGCUGCUGUUCCAGAGUGACCCUGCUCGCACUGCAAGAAGCGGCGGAAGAGAACGACGGAGGAUGUUUCCAAGAGCCACUCGUAUGUUUAUGUUCUGGGCGACGUGACUGAAGACUUGUUUGCAUCAAGAAAGUGCCUUUUUGAAACUAUGCUGCCUGUUACAUCGUGGAACUUUUUAUAGCUAGAUCUUCAGCGUUCUUCCACAUGCUGUAUGAAAUGUUUUUAGUCUUUCUUUUUUUUUUUUACUGCCCAUAUAUCAUGUCAAAGUUAGCUUAUUGGGGUUUCUUAGUUACUGGUGUAUCUACACGUUAUUUAAGGCACUCUGUUACAAAUAUUUGGUGCAUGUUCUGCUUUAUUACAUUUAAAUGUAUAUUUAUAUUCAAAAGGUGACAAAGGAGAGAAAUUAAUAUAUUUUUAUGGUUGCUCUGAUUUUAAACUGCAUUUUAGGUCUCCGACCCGUUGAGUGGCAUUUCAUUGAACACGUUUUGAAGGCACCUUUUUCACUUUUCACUGCUGACGUUUUCUAUCAAAAUCCUGCCUGCGGAAAAUAAAGUUGUUUUUUUAAUUUGCACUUCACUUGAAAGUGCCCUUCUGAGUUGUGAAGGGGGAACAUUAGUGAGAGCAACAAUCAGAAGCAAAGAUGUAGGUCUUAAAUGUAACAUUUCCUCCAAGUAAAGUCAUGGAUCCACA